CUGAGCGACAGAUAAGUUGUAGAAACUAGUUGAUUUAUCCGUGGAAUCGCACAUAAAUAAUGAAGAAAGUGCUGGUCACAGGUGGAACUGGCCUUGUAGGCAAAGCUUUAGAGGCAGUAAUUAAAGAACAGUCUCCACCAGAUGAGCAAUGGUAUUUUGCUGGUUCCAAGGAUGCAGAUUUAACAAAUCUGGCAGCCACGCAGGCACUCUUCGCCCAGGAGAAACCUACACAUGUUAUCCACCUGGCCGCAAUGGUCGGAGGUCUAUUCCACAACAUGAACAACAACCUGGACUUCCUGCGGAACAACCUGCUCAUCAACGACAAUGUCCUUCAAACGGCUCAUGAACAUGGCUGCAUCAAGGUUGUCUCCUGUCUGUCCACCUGCAUUUUUCCAGACAAAACCAGCUAUCCCAUAGAUGAGACAAUGGUGCACAACGGACCACCACACCCCUCCAACUACGGAUAUUCGUACGCAAAGCGAUUGAUAGACGUGCAGAAUCACGCCUACCACGAUAAGUAUGGUCGGCUUUACAACUCCGUGAUUCCGUGCAACAUUUUCGGUCCUCACGACAACUAUAAGCCCGAAGUGAGCCAUGUGAUUCCCGGUAUGAUUAAUAGGAUGCAUCAACUGAUUACGGAGAAGUCUGAUGUACCGGAAAGUGAAAAGGUAUUCACCGUCUUUGGAAGCGGAAAGCCUCUGCGUCAGUUUGUCUACUCCCUAGACCUUGCGGAGCUUAUGAUUUGGGUACUAAGAAACUACGAUAGCGUGGAGCCCAUUAUCUUGAGCGUGGACGAGGCCCAGGAGGUGACCAUCUACGAAGUGGCUCAAGCCAUUGCCAAGGCAUUUAAAUUUAAGGGUAAACUGGUCUGUGAUACGAGCAAAGCAGAUGGGCAAUACAAGAAGACUGCGUCCAAUGCUAAACUUCGCUCUCUUUUGCCAGAUUAUGCAUUUACAGACUUUGAAACUGCAAUUACAACUUCGGUGAAAUGGUACAAAGACAACUACGAUCAAGCCAGAAAGUAAUUCCAUUUCAAUGCCCAAAUAAAUGUAAAUAUAUACAAAUUUUCCACAGAA